UAAUAUUUACAUUAUACAACUGUUGACUUGACAUUACGAAAACAAGUACAGCUGUCUUCUUGAAUUUCCGUUUACGCAGCAUUUUGACAAGUGUUUAUUGAAUUUUGCAGUGUGUAAUAUUACAUUAUGGCAGCGGAAUCGGGACCAAUAAACCCUCACUUUGAAAGGAAUCCCGCACCACCAGAAAGAAGAGCAAAUGACGACGGUGUUAAUGAAAUUAGACCUCUGUGGACAUCCUUGAUGGAAGAAAUGUUAAUAUAUUAUAUUAGAGCAAACAGGCUUCUUUGGGACCCAAACCACCCUCAUUUUACAAAGCCCAUGCUUAAAAGGCGUAAAGUCGAAGAUAUUGCCGCUAUUAUAAAGAGAGAAUCGGGAUUUGAGGAUGAUUUUGUACUGUCUCCAGAAGAUGUUUGGAGGAAAUUCAGGAACUUGAGAACAUUUUUUGUUCGUGAAGUUAGGAAAGUAAAUGAGCGUAGACGUCAGCCAAGUGAGGAGCCAUAUGAGUCCAAGUGGGUUCACUUCAAUCGGAUGCUUUUCUUGGUGGAUUCAUUGAAGAAAAGUAUUCAGGCAAAUGUCCCUCUGCCUGGGGAGGGAGCAAAUCCAGUUUCAGUUAAAAUUGAGGGUUCCAGAACUAGAGCACCAGUUGGAAAUCUGUCUAGUUUGAAUGAAUUACAACAGCAGUACCAAGAAACGGAAGAUGAACUUCGCAUUGGUGGUGAAUGGAGUGCCAGUAGCAGUACUGACAAUAGAACUUCUGUAGAACCAUCUGCUGUCAGGUCUUCAUUGUCUGUGGGUAUUGACAGAGGGUGUGAUAAUGUAAUAUCUAGAAGUAGUUCCAGAAUGGGAACUUCGGCAGCUAAGAGAGCAAAGUUGUGUAUGAAUCAAGAGAAAAAGGUAGCUGAAGUUACUGAAGCUUUUGGAAAAUUUGUCACAGCUUCAGUGAGAAGAUGCCCAGAGGAGAAACAACAGUCAUUGAUGGCACAUAUAACUCAGUGUAUUGCAGAGUUUAAUGAAAAAAAAUAACAAAUUUUUAAUAUCUUUCUGAGCUCAGAUUGAAUGUACAACCCUUUUUAUAGCACUAAGAUUUUAUACAAGGUAUUAUCAUAUGCAGAAGAGUUAUGUGUUUUUAGAUAAGUUGUUUUGAAGUGACUGUGGUUGCAGUUUUUUAGAGGUACUUUGCAAUUAAUAGCUCUGUAUGGUGUUUAACACUCAAGAGAUUGUUAAAAGUGUCUGUAUAUAUUUGAUAGUGACUUUAUCAUACUUUAAUUUAUAUUUCCCCUACUUAC